UAGGCUGAUGGGUGACGUGCGACAGUUUGUCCCCAUGGUAACGGCGCUGCCCAACACAGCCACACCAUGGAAACCCAGCCCAGCUAUCAGCCUCCAGCUCAAAACAGUUUUGCGCUUCGUAGGUCCAGGAGAUGACCCGCGUUCCUGUCGGUUCUCGCAGAUGAUGGAACAGAGGCUGGAGAACGUGUUCUCUGAGGCCCAGGCCAAAGUCCUGGACGUCCACACCAGACUCUCUGUCCAGAUGCUGAGUGUUUCUCAGUCAGUGGGUUCUCCUGCUGUGUCUCUGGUCUACAUGGUGAGGAACGGGACCGCCCCUCUCAACGGCACCGCCGCCUCUAACCUCCUGGGUCACCUGACCGCCGAGCUGGUCGGCUACUUCCUGUUCUACCCACCGCUGGUCAUUGCUGAACGUAAGUGUCCUAGUGCCUCCUCGAUGCCCUCCAUCCUCAUGAUCCACAUCAAGUGUCCCCAGAAACAGAUCUAG